AUGCCCCCAAAGGACCCAAUUGCCCUGAGGGAGUCUUUCCUGGCGGAAAAUAGCAUUUACUCUGAACUGGAAGCGGAGGCUGAUGUAAAACCUAUUGGAAAAAUUGAAGACAUUGAUGUGACAGAAAACGAAAUUUGGCUUCUACAAUGCCCCAAGGGAAUGAAUUUAAAGUCACUGGAAAACGAAAAACUAAAAAUACCAGGCCGUACAUCUAUUAAUGAUCUCGAAUCAGUUUCUGUGGACUUUGUGGAAGGCAAACAACAACAUUCAUUUGCAUACUGCUCUCGCAAUGGCCGAUACGAUUUGCGUGUGCUUCCUGUGCGCGGAACCAUUGUUUUGCGAAACCGUUUGAAAGCAUCCGAAUCUAUUACAGAGGAACGCAUUUCUGAGUGCUGUCCACCCAUGAAAAAAGUUCCUUUGCCCUCAAAAAUCCGUGUGAGGCAUCCGCUGUUAGGGUUCCAGUAUGAGGAUAAACUAGAAAUAGAUCAAAUUGUUAAGAAACGUCUCCUUGAAGCAGAUCAGCUGUCAGCCGAAAUUCUCAAACAGAGCAUAGUUAAGAAAUUAAGCGAAAAGCCUAAACAAAAACAACAAAACACCAAAGCCAUUGAAAUUGAUAGUGAUAAUGAAGAAGAUGACGAGGUACAGUUUGUCGGCAAAGAAGUGGUAAAGAAAAAGAAGCGGAAGCACAGUGAGAGCAACAAGUCAGAUGACGGCUCUAAGAAGAAGAAAAAAUCGAAAAAAUCAAAGAAAGGAGACGACGAGGAAGUUUCAAAAGAUCUGCAAUGGCUACAAAAUUUAUAA